AGAAAGCCCAGCCCAUCGCCCAGACUCCUCCCUCUUCGCCCUCACCGCCGGCCGCCGCCGCUGCGACCCAGCAACCGCUCCAUCGGCCACCAUGGCGCUACGCCGCGCCGCCUCCGUUCUCCUCAGGACCCGCCUGAGGGCCCCCGUCACGUCCCUCCCGCGCAAAGCCCUAAUAAACCCACUCCUCGCGCCGCCCCGCCGCCACUUCUCGCCGCGGCCGCCGCCUCCUGUCCCCGCCGCCGCCGCUGCUGUCGCGGACGCCGCGGAGGAGGCUUUCGAGGCGGCGAGGUCGACGAACGACAUGCUCGCGGCCUUCUCCCGCCUCGAGGGUGCAGUUCCCGCCAACGACAAGCGCCUCGCCCUCGCCUGCCUUAAGCUCGGCCAGCACCUCGAGGCGUCUGGCUCCGCCGACGCGUCCCGCGUCCUCGCACUCGCGCUCCGAUGCCUGGGGAUCCUCGAGGCCAGCCCCAACGCCUCCACCCCCGCCUCCGCCUCCGCCUCAGACGCCGUCUCGCUCGCCAUGGCACUCCACCUCGCGGGUUCCGCCUCCUUCGACCUCUCGCGCUUCCACGACGCGCUCUCCCUCCUCUCCCGCGCGCAACGCCUCCUAGCUCCGCUCCUCCCUGAUGAAGGCGUCGCGUUCGGGGCUGGGGAGGAACCGGGAGGUUUCGACGUCAGGCCCGUGGCGCACGCCGUGCGGCUGCAGCUGGCCAACGUGAAGACGGCGCUUGGGAGGAGGGAGGAGGCGCUCGCCGACAUGCGCGCCUGCCUCGACCUCAAGGAGUCCAUUCUGCCGCCGGGCAGCCGGGAGCUGGGAGUCGCGUACCGGGACCUCGCCGAGGCGUACGCCACCCUGCUCGACUUCAAGCAGGCGCUGCCGUUCUGCCAGAAGGCGCUGAAGCUGCAUGAGUCGACGCUCGGCAAGAACUCCGUGGAGGUUGCGCACGACAGGCGCCUGCUUGGAGUGAUAUACACUGGGCUAGAGCAGCAUGAGCAGGCUCUGGAGCAGAAUGAGAUUUCACAGAAGGUAAUGAAGAGCUGGGGUGCGGCUGGCUCUGACCUCCUGCAUGCUGAGAUUGAUGCUGCAAACAUCAAGAUCGCAUUGGGAAAGUUCGAUGAGGCUGUUAGUGUGUUGAAGAAUGUCGCUAAGCAGGUGGAGAAAGAUAACGAGAUGCGAGCUCUAGUUUUCAUAUCAAUGGCGAAGGCACUCGCUAAUCAGGAGAAGGUUGGGGACACAAAGAGGUGCUUGGAGAUUGCUUGUGACAUCCUCGAGAAGAAGGAAUUUGCCACACCCGACAAAGUGGCAGAGAUGUAUACAGAGGUAUCCUCACUAUAUGAGAUGGUGAAUGAGUUUGAAAAGGCAAUAUCUUUGCUCAAGAGGGGCCUGGGAAUGCUUGAGAGGAUCCCUCAGGCACAGCACUUGGAGGGCAAUGUCGCAGCAAGGAUUGGGUGGCUGUUGCUCUUCACCGGUAAGGUCACUGAAGCUGUCCCGUACUUGGAGGAUGCAGUGGAGAGGAUGAAGGACAGCUUUGGUCCGAAGCAUUACGGAGUAGGGUAUGUAUAUAACAACUUGGGUGCUGCUUACAUGGAGAUGGACCGACCACAGUCCGCUGCUCAGAUGUUUGCGCUUGCUAAAGAAGUCAUGGAUGUCUCCUUAGGACCUCACCAUUCAGAUACCAUCGAGGCUUGUCAGAGCCUUGCUAAGGCCUACGAUGCUAUGGGAAGUUAUCCCCUGGCUAUGGAGUUCCAAAAGAGAGUGGUGGAUUCAUGGCGAAAUCAUGGUGCCGAUGCUAGGGAUGAGCUCAAGGAAGCUAUGCGACUCUACAACCAGAUCAAGGCAAAGGCGCUCGCAUGCCUAUCACCUGAAGGUUCAGCAAACGCAUUGCCUGAACCUCAGGAGCAGGAAACAGAUUCAGAUACUGCUAAAGCUGUGCAACGAUAGACUCUGCAAAUAUUUGGUUGAAGGAUGUUUUCUUGUUAGUUGUUACAUGUAGUAUUACAGAUAUUUUGGAUAUCCGAAAUCAAUGGCUGGUGAACUGCCAGCUCCCUGCAGCAAGGAAAGACAUGAUAAGUCAAGCUAUGAUGUAUUCAGGACAGAUAUGUCCGUGUGCCCUGUUUUUUUAUGAACUAGAAGUAUUUGGUACGACAUUUAGGUAUGUGGUUUUGGUCAUUACUUAGAAUAACAGGCACGGCAAGGCAGCGCACUGGGCCGGGCUAGUGUAGUUUACAAAAGCAUGGAGCUUGCAUAUCAGACGUGUUGGGAGUUGCAAUCAGAUUACCACACUAUAUCGUAUUGUUUGAGAAGUAUGCAGAUAUUAAAAGAUGGUUUUAUUA